AUGGGCCGGCGCCUUCUCUGCUGUCUGUGGCUUCUCGGGGUGCUGGCGGGGCUCCCUGCCACCCCCGUGCCCGGGCGCUGUCCCGAGAAGCACUACUGGGCUGGGGACAGCUUGUGCUGUCCCAUGUGUGAGCCAGGCACGUUCCUGGUGAAGGAUUGUGUCGGGCCUGGGAGGACCCCGAAAUGCAGCCCCUGCGUGCCCGGGCGCUCCUUCAACCCGCGUCACCACCACAGGCCACACUGCGAGAGCUGCCGGCUCUGCCACUCGGGGCUUCUCCUUCGCAACUGCACCCUCACAGCCAACACAGAGUGUGCCUGCCCCCACGGGCUGCAGUGCAGGGAUGAGACAUGUUCGGAGUGUGACCCUCCUCCCCCACCCCUGCUGCCCACCCGACCAUCUCAGACUCCAGCCCAGAACCUACAAACCCACCGCUGGCCCGAGGCCAAAAACACACCAGAGGCCAGGAUGCCCCUGGAGAUGGUGCAGAGUCCCGCCAACGCCAGACAGCAGGAAUCCGGGGGACCCUGGCUGGAUGUCAUCAGAGCGGCUCCUGAGAUUAGGGCCCCCAGGUCGCUGUGCAGCUCCGACUGUAUCCGCAUCUUUGUGGUCUUCUCUGGAAUGUUCCUGGCUUGCACCCUGGUCGGCGCCCUGUUCUGCCAUCAACGAAGACAAUCUGGGCGAAGCAAAGAAGGGCAUCCCGAGGGGCCUGCGGAGCCGGGUCCUCACUGCUGCCCCCGGGAAGAGGAGGGCAGCGCCUUCCUCCCUAUCCAGGAGGAUUACCGCAAACCCGAGCCCGCGUCCGAAACCUGA